UUUUAGUUUGUAUAACGAUAUUGGUUAGGCAGCUAAGCAAAUUCUUGGUCAAAACUCUGGCCCUCGCGAUCCUGUACGCCGCACAGAAUCCUCUGCCAAGUCGCCAAGUCGGCAGGGCUCCGGCGUCCACUACGCCUCGGUGGGCUCCGCAAGCAAAACCAGCAAAACCAGCAAAACCCACAGUAAUAGUCGCCAUUGCCAGGGAGAACCCGGCUAGGCCACGAGCAGAGACUGCACCAGUCAGGCAACACCAUUCCUAUUGCUAGGGAACGGGCAAAAUUCUCUUCCCCUGUGGGUACUGAAAUAGUUGCACGUCCAACUUCCCAACCCUUCCUCAAAAUCACAACCCUUCCUCAAAAUCCCAAAAAUGGUACCUGACUCGGAAUUCAAGGUCAUAGUAGUCGGCGGCGGCCCCGUCGGCCUGACCGCGGCCCACGCCUUAGCCAAGGCUGGCAUCGACUAUGUCUUGCUCGAGCACCGGCGGGAGGUCGUCAUCGACGUCGGCGCCAGCUUGGUCGUGUGGCCGCAGGGAUUUCGCAUCUUGACGCAGCUGGGCAUCCUCGAGCCCCUGACGGCCCUCGGCGUCGAGCUGGGGUGCACGCGGAGCCUCGAGCUGGGCGGGCACAAGUACAAGACGUCGUGGGCGACCGAGGCUAUGAAAAAGAACGCAGCCGACAAGGCGCGCGUGCUCACGGGCAAACAGGUUGUCGACAUCGAGAGCGGCGCCGACGGCGUCGUGGUGCACUGCAAGGACGGCAGCGCGCACCGCGGGUCGAUGGUGGUCGGCGCCGACGGCGUGCACAGCCUAGUCCGGCAGCGGAUGCGCCAUCUGGCGCUCAGCGCCGCGUCCCCAAAGGUCAACGACGAGCACCCGUACGCGUGCGAGUACCGGCUGUUCUGGUGCACGUUUCUGCGGCCGGUGGGCUGCGACCUCGCGGCGGGCGACGCCGUCGAGGUUCACGGGAAAGACAGCUCGCUGCAGUGCCUCAACGGCGCCGACCGGUCGUGGCUGUUCAUCUACGAGCGGCUCGCGGCACCACCGCCACGCGGCACCCGCGUGAGCUACACGGCGGCGGAUAUUGACGCGCUAGCGAUGCGCAACGGCGACCACGCCGUAAGCGAGACGCUGAGAGUGCGCGACGUGCUGCCGCUGCGCUGCUCGGGCGGCAUGUCGGAUCUCGAGGAGGGCGUCGUCGAGCACUGGAGCUUCGGCCGCGUAGUCCUCGCCGGCGACGCCUGCCAUAAUAUGACGCCCAACCAGGGGCUCGGCUACAACAACGGCAUCCAGGACAUCGCCGUGCUGCUCAACGAGCUGCACGGCGCGCUGCGCGACCAUCACGCCACCACCACCACAUCAUCAAUGCCAAAAACACCCCUACCCCUGACCACCCUGACAGGCGUGUUCGACCGCUACCAAUCGUCACGCAGCGAGCUGCUGGCGCGCGACUACGCGGCAUCCGUCGCGCUGACGCGCGCGUCGAGCUGGCACACGUGGGCCGACCGGGCGCUGGACCGGCACGUGUUCCCGGCGAUCCCGUUCCACGACGAGCUGGUGCUCAACACGCGCAUGUCGCGCAACGUGGCGCAGGCGCCGGUGCUGCGCUUUGUGCGCUGCGCCGCCGAGCCGUUUGUCGGCCGGAUCAAGUGGAGGCAUGCUCUCUCGCUUGAAAAUGAGGAUGGGGGUGGCAUGGAAAAUGGAGUGGCUGGGAUUUAUGGUGGUGGGUAG